AUGCGAGGCCCUACGAUCAUCAAGGCCGAGGACGAUAAGACGCGGCAGCUCAACAAGAACACAUUGAUGGCGUUCAGCGGAGAAGCUGGUGACACCGUGCAAUUCGCCGAGUUCAUCCAAGCCAAUGUUCAACUGUAUUCGAUGCGCAACGAUACCGAGCUCAGCCCAGCCGCCGUUGCCAACUUUGUCCGAGGAGAGCUGGCCCGCAGCUUGCGAUCACGAAGCCCCUACACAGUCAACCUGCUCCUUGGAGGCAUGGAUCCAACCACAGAGCAACCUCAUCUUUACUGGAUCGAUUAUCUGGCUUCGCUCGCUCCCGUACCAUACGCUGCCCACGGAUAUGCCCAAUACUACUGCCUUUCCCUUUUGGACAAACACCAUAACCCCAACAUCGAUCUGGAGCAAGGCAUGAAGCUUUUGGGAAUGUGCACAGAUGAGCUCAAGCGGCGGUUGCCGAUCGAUUACAAGGGCGUCCUUGUAAAGAUCAUCACGAAAGAUGGUGUGAAGGAAGUCGACUUCGACAACGACAAGAUCGUUCGGAGUGCUUAA